AUGGAUUUGCUUGAUGUCUUGAAGGUUAUGCAGAUGAAUUCUAAAAGAAGGGUAGAAGGUCUUGAAAAUUUUAACAGUAGGCUCACUCUCGUAUACGAGGAUUUACUAAACGAGAACAUCAAUAGUGGUCGUACUUGGACUGUUGUUGAGUAUAUGGAAAGAUUGUAUGAAGUCAGGUCUCCCCGCACUCAUUCUGUAGAUAUGUUGGAGAGAGCUUGUACGUGUCACAGGUGGCAAGUAAAUGGUUUUCCCUGCGCACAUGCUUGUGCUGCCAUUCAAUCUACAAGGGAAGACAUCUAUUCAUUUGUUGAGACAUACUUCACCACUGAAUGGUACAACAGGACAUUCCAAGAUAUCAUCUUUCCAAUCCACAAUUAUGACAAGCCGCAGCCUUAUGAUCCUAGUGAUAGGAUUAUUGUUCCUAUUCCUAUGCCUCCACCCGGUAGACGAAGAGAACAACGUUUCAAGACGGCUUGGGAGAAGCAAAAGAGGCCUAUGAUGUGCAUAAAUUGCUUCACUCUUGGUCACCACAACAGAGCUACAUGCCCCAUGCCUUGA